UCCGCCUCCUCGCGAGCACCGGAAGUGACGGGCGCGCGGGCUUCCUCUGCGGCGGUGAAAUGGCGGUGGUCUCCGUGCUGCGGGCGCUGGCGCGGGUGCUGUCAAGGCACAGCCUCCUGUCUCCAUCAUGCAGUGUGGCACCCUUCAGAUGCUUCUGCGGGAGUGACAGUCCAGCAGACUCUCAGAAAGAUGUGCUUGAAAUCCCCUUGCCUCCGUGGCAGGAGAGAACGGACGAAUCCGUAGAAACCAAGCGAGCGCGUCUACUCUACGAGAGCAGGAAGAGGGGGAUGUUGGAGAACUGCAUCCUGCUGAGCCUCUUUGCUAAAGAACAUCUGCACCGAAUGACAGAGAAGCAGCUGAACCUUUAUGAUCGCCUCAUUAACGAGCCCAGUAAUGACUGGGAUAUUUACUACUGGGCCACAGACACCAAGCCAGCCCCAGAGAUACUUGAAAAUGAAGUCCUGGCCCUGCUGAGAGACUUUGCCAAGAACAAAAACAGGGAGCAGCGACUGCGUGCCCCAGACCUGGAGUAUCUCUUUGAAGAGCUGCGCUGAGCUGAUCUCUCGUGACCCAGCCCAGCUUCCUGCUUCUCCUUAGGCACUCUGCUCGCUCCUUGCUUCUCAAGUGGGGGACCCAGCUCCGAGGAUGGAUCACCGCUGUCCCUGCUCCCUGGUGUCGCUGUGCAGUUCGGCUGGCUGCUGUGGCACAGGCCUGCCACAAGAGGGCACUGUGGCCGUAUCCCUGCAUGCCCAGGGAAGGGACAGGCUCCGCCGCCCUGCAGAGAGCGCUUCCUACCUGCACCCCCUUCCUCUGGGUCCCUUCCAGCUUGCUGCAUCCUUAACAGUCAGGGAAGCUGACCUGGGCCCCCAGGACUGCUCAGGGGCAAGGCCGGCAUGCAGGGCAGUGCGGGUACAUGGCUCGCAAACAGUACCCAUGUCAUACAUCCUUUAACACGUGCCUUUGGUAACUGAAGGAGAGCUGAACAGUAAAGGACAAGGACAUUGCUGGUGUCCUGACUCCUACAGUUACUUUUACUCAGUGUGCUCUUGUAUCACCUGUGGCCUUAUGUUCAUGGAGGUUGGUGUGGCUGCAGUGUAGCUUUCCCUCCUAUGUGGCACCAGGA